CGGGCUCCGCUCCCCCAGCCGCCCGCUCCCGCUCCCGUUCUCUCUCUCGGUUUCUCUCCCGGUCUCGGUCCCGGUCCCCGCAGCCAUGGACGCCAUAAAGAAGAAGAUGCAGAUGCUGAAGUUGGACAAGGAGAACGCGAUCGACCGAGCGGAGCAGGCGGAGGGCGACAAGAAGCAGGCGGAGGACCGGUGCAAACAGCUGGAGGAAGAGGUGAUGUCUCUGCAGAAGAAAACGAAGGGGACGGAGGACGAGGUGGAGAAAUACUCCGAGUCCGUGAAGGACGCGCAGGAGAAGCUGGAGCUGGCAGAGAAGAAGGCGGCAGAUGCCGAGGCAGAUGUUGCUUCCCUGAACAGGCGCAUCCAGCUGGUAGAGGAGGAGCUGGAUCGGGCCCAGGAGCGUUUGGCGACCGCGUUACAGAAGCUGGAGGAGGCGGAGAAAGCGGCCGAUGAGAGCGAACGAGGGAUGAAGGUCAUUGAGAACCGGGCGACCAAAGAUGAGGAGAAGAUGCACGAUCAGGAGCAGCAGCUGAAAGAGGCCAAACACAUCGCAGAAGACUCUGACCGCAAGUAUGAAGAGGUAGCCAGAAAACUUGUCAUCCUUGAAGGGGAGCUGGAGCGAUCAGAAGAGAGGGCCGAGGUGGCUGAGAGUCGGCUCCGGCAGCUGGAAGAGGAGCUCCGAACCAUGGACCAGAGUCUGAAAUCUGUAAUUGCUGCUGAAGAAGAGUAUUCUUCAAAAGAAGACAAAUACGAAGAGGAAAUCAAGUUCCUGACGGACAGACUGAAGGAGACUGAAAGCAGAGCCGAAUUCGCAGAGAAAUCCUCAGCCAAGCUGGAGAAAACGAUUGAUGAUCUGGAAGAUGAGGUGUAUGCUCAGAAGAUGAAGUAUAAAGCGAUCAGCGAGGAGCUGGACAACGCUCUUAAUGACAUCACCUCCCUCUAAAGCCUGUCCGCAGCUGUCUCUCUCCUGCCGUGACACGUCCAUGUUCUUCCGCUGACCUCCACUGCCUGUCUCUUCCUUCAGCACGAGAUGCAUCACCAAAACCACAUACUGAAUGUCUCUUUUAAGCAGUCGAUGCAUGUCUCUUAUCAAUAUGGCUGCUGUUCCUCUCGGGACUGUCACGCACGUCUCUUAUAAGUUUUCACUUUUUCGUCACCACUUUUCCUUCCUGUUUCUUCUGUUUUCUUCUGUAUUUCUUUUAGCGACUGUUUCUCCCCAAUUUGCUUUUUUUUGAGGGGGCUGCGAUGACACGCAGGGGCCCUGGUGGUCUGCAGUAUGAGUGUUGAGGGCAGGUUGAGGGCAGCUUUCAUUUCCCCCCUCACUAUCUGACCUGUCCUGUGUCUGUCACAUUCUCUGCUGCUAUCGUAAUAAAGUUUACUUUCCUCA